AUGCCACUUAAUGAUGCCACACCUAAAAUAGAGCUAGAUCAGGCAACGGGCGCAGAAGAUGUUGAUCAGUUGACCACAGAGCAUGACUUCAUGGAUAGCGAUGAUUUUAAUAUGUCAGCAGCUAUAGAAGAGUUGAAUGAAUCAAUCAAUCAGUACAUUCAAUCGGAGUCUAACACUCAACAGUAUAGCAAUGGAAGCAAUUUGCCAAUGUGUAUAGAGUCGAUGGAGGAUUCAAAACAAAACUUGGUCACGAAAGAGGAGCCAAUACAGUUC